CGACGGACGAUUCACUUUACCAACGACUUCAUACCCACGCCAGCCAGUCUUGAUUAUCGAGGGCACUUGCCCGCUGGCUCCAAAUCUCAUUCUCUUACAUCACACUACCACCAAGAGCUCAGGCCAGAGUAGCUUGAGCUCGCAGAGCCUCGUCGCCUCUGCACCGCCCGCUUCGUGGCAGUUCCACUGUGCAGCAUCUUCAUCCUCUCUUGCCACAACCUGGCUGUUGCUAUUAGGGCUUUAGAACAGGCUCGUCAUUGCCAGCAUGACGACCCGCAGUACACGGUCCACUCGCUCAGCAGCCCCACUAGAGCGCAUGACCGAUGGCGACGUCUACGUCUUCCUGCUGCAGAUUGCCGUCCUAUCAUGGACAACGCAGCAGCAGCAGCGAAAGGCAGCAGAGGCAGCCGCCGCCGCUGCCACAAGACCAGGGAGAUCAGAGUCGGCCGUCAAGAAGCCGUCGGAUUAUGCCACCUCUUCUACAACAGCGUCACCUGGAUCGACGUCGUCCAAGUCAGAUUGGAUGUCCUUGGGUGGACUGAUGGACCUCGUAGGAACAUCGUCCAGAGAGGCACGCUUCCCUGAGAAGCUCAUCAAGCGACUCAACGACAGACUGGAGCGCAUCAUCAAGGGACAGGAUCUCAGUCACAAUGAUCAAACUCUGCGUGCAACAGUAGCGAGAUUCUAUGGCACCUUCAAGGAGGAUGGCUUUCAGAGGCAAAUCAAGAGCAAUCGCAAGAUCGAGGAGCUCAUCCUCAUCUUCGUCACAAAGGCGCAGGAGACCCUUAAGAAGGGCUCACCGAACCAGCCUCCCCUCUCCGAUGACGAGCUGAAAGCUGAGCUCAACAAGCAGGUAGGCCAAUUCAUCAAGAUCAAUCGCGAGUGCCUUGAUACGAUCCAUGGCGUGUCCAAAGAGCUCAAGGAGCGUCUGGACAGCUACCAAGCCAAGCUCGCUCCACGGCCUCCCCCAGUCGCCACGCCCAGCACCGCCAGCGCAGCUGGUGGCAGCACUUCAUCCUCUUCAAUCCCCUCGGCGGCCACGACAGCAGUUCAAAGCAGCCGUCGUGGAAGCGCAGCAAGCUCGAUGACAAUGGCAGCAGAUCCAGUGCGAGACUCAGACCUUGUUCGCUCCGUCGGACAGCUGUUUGCAGUCGAUAUGGACCAGCUGUCAAAGGACGUGGACUUCAUGCGCAAGACGUGCACGGAGCAGGCGGCAAUGAUCGAUCUUAAGCAUUGCGUCAAGAACAUCAAUCUGCAGGCUUCGUGGCCUGGAAGGCGAGAAGACUUUGAGUCCGAGGAGGCAUACCAGCAGUGGAGGACACAGGAGCUUUCCGCCUUGUCGCAGCUGAUGAUGCAGAUGUGCCAAGCGAACCCAGAGCUGCUCAAGACGACGUCAGGCGAUGCAGCUACUACGGCGCCGACGAGGAAGAACACAGGAAAUGGCGCAGCAGAGGGCGGGAGUGGGACAGCGCCUACUGAGGUGUCACAGGCUGCAGAGGCUGGGGACAAAGCGCCCGAUGCAGAGGCAUUGAGCCAAGCCGUAGAGGACGACGAAGCGUUUGGCAACUUUACCUUUAUACCUCCUGACCCAAAGGCGUACUACCGACGAGCGUUGGAACUCUGCAUCGACUUCGACCUCGAGAAGAUCAAGCAGCAGCCAGAGGAGGAGGAGGUAUCCCUCAGCAUCCUCUCGAGACAGCACGUCGACUUGCUGAAGGAGUGCGCCCAGCGCUGGCGGCUUAUGGCUCCCUUCCGUACCGUUUCCAACCUCGACGUGAUGCGGCUUAAAUACGAGCGAGGCGAGGUGCCUCUUGACUGCAUCUCUGAGGCGCUCACAACGAUGCAGGGUACCCUCUCCGAGGUCGAAGCAGGCUCAUGGGCGAAGACGGACCACGCUCUUCUCGUACGCACCUGCUCAGCCCUCUUCGACUCUUUCCUCCGGUAUAUCUACGAGGCCUUCCAAGACAUCCACAAUGUCGAUCCCGAGGAGAUUGCGCCAUAUGUCGCCAUGACCGAAGAGCUGCACGAGUCAUCGCUCGUUCGUACGAAUCACGACGCCAAUGGGUCUGUGGUGGAGAUGGAGCGCCACGUCGAAGAGUUGAAGGACGGAAUCCGCAUCAUGGCUAUUCACGAGUACACAGCCAAGACCACAGAGCUCUUCUCACAGGCGGUAGACAACGAGGUGGUCCCCCUGGUACAAUUAUUGGACUGGCUCGAGAAGGGAGCCAAACGCCUCGACAAGCGCUACCCGCAGCCCCUGCUCGGUACAAUCGACCCCGUUUGCCAUGUCCUCGAGAAGCAAGUACCCCUCUUCCUCGACGACCUCGAGUCGAUGAAGCAUCAGAUUGUGCAGCACGCCACGCAAGAAAGGGAGCCUCUAGCAUUCGAGGACAUCUUUGCCCUCUACCGUAGAGUGACGGAGCUGCUCAAGAUGCACAAGGCCUUCUGCCCCGACCACGGUGAGCUGCAGUUCAGCCUAGCCGACUGGUUCGAGCCGCAUAUCCGACACUGGCUGGCGAACACCGACAAGAAGACGCACGAGUGGGUACGUAAUGCAAUCGCCAGCGACCACUUCAUGCCGAUCGACGUGGAUGGAGCCGUGCACAGCUCGUCAAUCGACGACCUCUUUGGAGCUCUUCAGCAGCCGGUCGAGUUCAUCCAAUCCCUCACCUGGCCCAAUGCCUACAAAAACGCUCGCUUCAUGACGCAGCUGGCCCGCUCGAUCUCUAAGUCUAUCGAGCUUUACUGUCAUCGAGUUGAGGAGCUCUUCAUGGACGAAAUGUUCCCACGCAUAGCAGAGGGGGCCGGAGGCGUAGGGAGCCUUGGUGGUGGACUCGAGCAGAAGCAGUCGGCCUGGAUGGUGAAAGCAAAGCAGACGCUGCAGGGCACGCAGAAGGUCGAGCCCUUCCACUUUCAGGAGACGAGCUGCGUCAAGCUGAACAACAUCGAGGCUGCCAGAUUGUUGCUCGACAGGCUGUACACCAAGAUUGACGCAGAUCAUCAGGCUAAUGUGGUCAGGGAGGCGGCGCCCGAUGUGCCGGAGAAGGGAGGCUCCCAGGCACCUGGGCAACAUCAGAGGUACAUCUUCACCAUCAAGAUUGUGCUGGGAGAAAAUUUGCAGCCCAUCAGGGAUACAGGGAGCAAAUCGCGCAUCGAUUCGUUCGUGACGUUGAGUGAUGAGAGGGGCAAUAAAAUUGCCAAGACUCGCACAAUCUACGAGACGCCCGACCCGCGCUGGGACGAAGCUUUCGACAUCCCUGUGGACCGCAGCAUGUGGCUAGCAGCGACAGUCUGGGAUCGCAAGCUCGUAGGUGACCAUGCGCUUUGCGGUCGUGCCUACCUACGCCUAGAUCCGCGCUAUUUUGGCGACUUCCUCGCGCACGAGCUCUGGCUCGACCUCGAUACCCAGGGAAAGCUCCUUGCGCGCGUGAGCAUGGAGGGCGAGAAGGACGAUAUUCUCUUCUACUUUGGGCGGGCUUUCAGGAGUCUGAAGAGGGCGGAAAGCGAUAUGGUGAGGACGAUUGUGGACAAGAUGAGCGUCUACAUUCGACAGUGCCUGAGCCGCAGCGUGCUGAGGUCCAUCGUACGUACAAGUGGGAUCAAUAUCGACAAGGCGUUAGGCAACGUGAAGGCGCUCUACGCCCAAGCCCUCGCUGCGGGCGCUACGGCAACCUCUUCCACUGCCCCAACCAUCCCACCUAUAGAAGCAGAAGCGGCUGCUGCGGCUGCCGCCUCCUCGAAGAAGCAGCGUCCCCCUCAGCUCACCGAUCAAGAAAUUGAAGGCGCCAUCAGCCCGCUUCUCGACUACCUGCACGAAUGUCUUGGCACGCUCAAGUCCUCCCUCUCGGACAGUCAGGCCGAGCUGGUCAUGACCAAAGUAUGGAAGGAAGUCCUCAACACAAUCGACUCCAUCCUCCUCCCGCCCCUCUCUGACGCUCCGUCCGACCUCAGCCAGCUGUCGGGCAAAGAGGUGGAGGUGGUCUUCAAAUGGCUCAGCUUCUUGCGCAACUUCUUCAACGCCUACGACGAGGAGACUGGGCAAGCGCACGGCGUGCCAUUGGAAGUGCUUCAAGGCCUGCCCAAGUACAGAGAGAUCGUGGCAUACACGCUCUACCACGAUACCUCCUCUGACGAGCUGAUGGAAGCGUGCGUACGGGAGAUGCAGACACGCCUGCGCAAAGCGGCAAGUGCAGGUGGUGGAUUCGCAGGCGCUGGGCGACUGAGUAGUAGCGGCACUGGACUUGGCAAGACGGGUUUGGUCAAGAACAAGAGCGUGCUGCAGCAGAGGAGCUUGGGGACUAUCAAGAAGCGCAAGCAAGAGAAGCGUGGGGAGCAUCUAGCUGAGGAGCAGGAUAACCUUGAGCUCAUCCUGCGACUCUUAAGGAUGCGACCGCACACGGGAGACUUCUUGCAGCAGCAGUUCGCUACCUUGACAGCACUCCAACAGCCGGCGGGUCAGCAGGCACAGGCGCAGGCGCAAGCGCGGGGAGGGCCUGCCAGUGGGCGUGGAGGCCGAGGUGGCCAGCAGGUCCCGCCUCUGCCGUCGCAGCCUCAGAGGUAUCCAGGUGGGGGAGGUAUGCCGAGGAGGAUAUCGGGGCAGGGUCAGCCGCCCUUGCCUGGGGCCAAUGGAAGCUAUGGACAGCAUCAGCCGACGUAUCGUCAACCUUGAGAUCUCAAUCGGUCCUCAUCGACGGACAAAAGCGACUCCUUCUCUUUCACCUCUUCCAGUUCCGGCACUCUCACUGCGUCUGACUGGCUACUUCUUCUUUUUUGCUCGUAAUCUUGCC